AUGAGUGCUCCCACAGCCAAGACAGGUCUAGCUUUAGAAGCUAUGGACUUUGUGGGCAUGUACAUGCAGGGCCCCACCCUGGUGACGCUCACUGGGCUGCUGGUGCUCCUGGCUGCCAUGCUGGCCACGGCCUUGGACUACUGCGUCAGUAUUGACGCGCAUGCGGAGGAGUGCUGCUUCGAGCGGGUCACCUCGGGCAUCAAGAUGGGCCUCAUCUUCGAGGUGGCCGAGGGUGUCUUCCUGGACAUCGACAUGGAGAUUACAGGGCCUGAUAAUAAAGGAAUUUAUAAAGGAGACUGGGAGUCCAGUGGGAAAUACACAUUUGCUGCUCACAUGGAUGGAACAUGUAAGUUUUGUUUCAGCAAUAGGAUGUCCACCAUGACUCCAAAAAUAGUGAUGUUCACCAUUGAUAUUGAGGAGGUGCCCAAAGGACAAGACAUGGAAACAGAAGCUCACCAGAAAAAGCUAGAAGAAAUGAUUAAUGAGCUUAGCGUGGCGAUGACAUCUGUAAAGCAUGAACAGGAAUACAUGGAAGUUCAGGAGAGAAUACACACAGCAAUCAGUGACAGAACAAACAGCAGAGUGGUCCUUUGGUCCUUCUUUGAAGCUCUUGUUCUAGUUGCCAUGACAUUGGGACAGAUCUACUACCUGAAGAGAUUUUAUUUUUUUGAAGUCCGGAGGGUUGUUUAA